UUACGGGUAUGCAUAGAGUGUAUAUAUAUACAUUGAGUGUAGUAAUAGAUUUGGUCAAAAACCAAGAUUCACACUGUACCCACGGAUUGGUUAAAAAAAGUAAGGACUCCGCGUCAUCUACAUAAUAAAUGAAGCACCCAAAACAAGCCAGCUCCGUGUAAAUACGAAGCUACACGCACACACUUACAUAAACAAAAGCCGAUCGAUCGCCAUUACGCUCGCGACCAUCAUCUGUGACAGUACAUUUUUUUCAGGUAUUAAAAAAAGGAUAUAAUGCCAUCGUGUGUCGUUAAAUGGUGCAAAAAUAAUACCACAUUACACAAAAAGUGUCAAGGGAUUACUUUUCACAGGUUUCCUUCUGGAAAUGAACCAUGGAACGAUGAUUGGGUAACAAUAAUAAGGAAGUGUAGAGGUCAAGAAGAUUGGAUUCCAACCAAGAGUAGUGUUGUAUGCAGCACACAUUUUGAUCAAAAUGAUUUGCUUACUUCAUCAAAAGGACGACGUCGGGUAGUUACCUUUGCAGUUCCACAAUUGCUAUUAUUUGAACCGCCCAAACAAAAAGAGCAACCUCGCGUUGAACCCGAAACUAAAAGUACUUCACAAGCAGUACAUUGUGAUCGUGACCAAGAACAGCAGUCGUUAUUAGGAUCGGAUGCACUAUUAUUUGAACCGCCCAUAAAAGAAGAGCAACCUGAUGAUGAACCCGAGACUACAAGUAGUGCACAAGCAGUAUAUUAUGAUCAUGACCAAGAACAGCUGUCGUCAUUAGAAUCGGAUGCAGAAUUUUUUGAACCGCCCAUAAAAGAAGAGCAACCUGAUGUUGAACCCGACACAAGUAGUUUACAAGCAGUAUAAUGGUGUUCUUGACCAAGUACAGCAGUCGUCAUUACGAUUGGAUCCAGCACCACCAUCACCCACAAUGCCUAGAACUGCUUCUGAACAGCCUACAGGUUCAUGUUCACCUUUAUCGUCAGCUCAAGUACCCCUGCAUCCAACAAUUAGAUUACCGUGCGAUUCGCCCAGGACUCUUCGAUUAAAAAAAAAAUAUAAAUAAAAAAAACACCCUGAUUGAAAGUCAUAGGAAAAAAAUUAAAUAUCUUAAUCAAAAAGUAAGACGUCUCCGAAAGAGAAAUCAAUCCUUAAAAGCCAUAUUACACAAUUUAAAACAAGAUAACUUAAUUAACACUGAUCUGUAAAAUAAUUUAAACCAAUACAUUGGUGCUGUAAAUAUUUUCAAUAUUUAUAAUAGAAAAAAAACUAAAAAUACAUUAAAUACUCCAAAGCUAUUAAAAAGUUUUGUCUAA